UAAUUACUUUUUGCACUAGAAACAGAGAGGAAAAAAAACGACAUGAAACAAUAGCUGCUGAGUUCUUGUUUGGCCUAUGCAAAUACUUUCUACCUGUGUUUGUUGAUGCUCACUUUCUUUCGUAUUUUUUUUCUCGAUUUUAACAACGUUUCACAGGAAAAAAAACGAGCAAAUAGACCUUCGGUGACAUUGUAAUGCACAAUUCAAAUCAUUUCGUUGCCAACCGUACAAGUGAGCAGUCUAUCGACUCAAAUCGAUUUUUUCCCUUCAAUAUAAGGACUUUGUAUUUGGGUAGAACCGAGAAAAAAAAUUGUUUACAAGUUAUUUAUAUCAAACCGAAAAAUGUCACUAGUAAAGCAUUUGGUCAGGUGCGUGUGUUUUUUACUUGUGUUCAGUUGUAUCGAAGCAGAGGAAAUAACGAAAAUUGAGAAGAAAACCGAUGAUGGCAUUCAAACGUACGUUGUUGAACCGAUCGAUAAUGUUGAGCAACAAGAAGCACAACAAGAAGUAACCACAUUAUAUCCACCGCUUAUCGAAGAAGACCAACCAAGCCUAAAUGUUCCGCAAGUGGUUGAUAGCAUCUUGCCAAACGUGGAUGUAAAUUCAAAUCCAGAAAAUGGAAUAAAAAUUCCAGACGGUCCAGUGGAUCAGUAUGCAAAUGGGUUAUAUUACCCUCCACAAAAUCAAUAUUCACCAUAUCAGAAUCCGCAAUAUCAACCAUAUCAAUAUACAACAUACCCAUGGCAAUACGGAGUUCAACAGUAUCAACCACAGCUACCGUCGAAUGCAGGUCAACCGAAUAUGCAAUAUAUGGCAACAGUACAACAACCAAACACACAAAUGUUUACGCCGCAGACAAAUCAACCAUCAUAUGUGUCGUCGCCAUAUGCUGAAUUCGAAGGCGUUUUGGUCCCUCUUCAGACAUUGAUGCCACCGCCACCGUCAUCACCACAAGGACAAUCGCCUCAGACAGAGAAAACAAAUUCAAACAAAGAAAUUCGACCAACUACCAAGACGGCAGCCGCUCGCACCAAUUAUGAUUUGGCAAUUCUUUUGCAAUCCCUCUUCCCACCGAAUAUUCUUCAAACCGUUCUAACAAUGAUCAAUUUCACAUUGAACUCGUUCAGUAUGAUGGCAUUCGCUGCAGCUAUAACAUCGGCAAUCUGUUCGGUAACUCCGUUAUGUACGCUCACAUUCGGCGCAUUGCCAAUAAGUUUACAAAGAAAAUUGGGCGAAGAAGACGGUACCACAAUGCAACGUGUUCGCCGUGCUGCUGUACAGGUGACCGGUGCCAUUGACAAAUACGAACGAUUUCAAAAGAAUAUUGGGUCCAUUGCACAAAUUUUGAGCAGAGGAAGAAGCGUUUAAUAUUAA